AUGUCAUCAGCAAGCCAACAACGUGUGAUUCUUGUCACUGGUGCCAACAAGGGUAUUGGGUUUGAAAUUGUGAAGAAGCUCGCAGAAGAAUCAUCAAAUAACAAUGUUAUUCUUCUCGGCAGUCGUGAGUUGAAACGAGGCCAAGAUGCACUCGUUCGGCUAGGCUCUCCAUCACAUAUGCACCUUCUUCAAUUAGAUUUAUCAUCACGAGAAAGUAUCGCUCGUGCCACCGAUGAAAUCAAAUGCAAGUAUGGCGGUCGACUGGAUGUAGUCAUCAACAAUGCUGCCACUGGAGAGCUAGAACUAACUGUCGAUUUAGCUCGAGAAAUGUUUUCUGUAAACUAUUAUGGUAUCAAAACACUGAAUGAACAUUUGUUUCCCCUCAUGCAAGAGAAUGGUCGCGUGGUCAAUGUGGCCAGCGCAUGUGGUCUUACCGUAUUGUAUGAGGCCUCGAAAGAUCUUCAAGAAAAAUACUCAUUGUCGACACUGACUAUAGAGGAGCUUGAUCGUCUUGUCGAAGAUUUUAUUUCAGCCGUUGGGACAAAUAGUUUCGAAGAACUAGGAUACAAUCCCAGGUCAUCUUAUUUGAUUUACAGCGUUACAAAGGCGGCAGUUAUCGCUCUCACUCGAAUAGAAGCACGUCAAUGGUCGGGUGCCAAAAAUGUACUGGUCCUUUCCGUGUGUCCAGGAUUUUGUGCCACCGACCUAAAUAAGAAUGCACCCGGUGCUCGUCCUGCCGAAUUUGGCGCUGAUUCAAUCUUGUACGUGGUCAAUGCUCCUGAAACUCGGCUUGAAAACGGGUGUUUUUACCGGGACGGCCAAUUAUUACCACAAAUCGGCAUGAUGAAUCGUAAAAAUUGA